GCGGGGACUAGUCUCGUCCGGAGACUGGCAGCGGCGGCGUCGGCGGCGGCCGGAGCUCGAGCCCCAGCGGCUGAGGGCGGGCGGGCGGGCGCGGGGGAGGGAGGGGGGCCGGUCCGCGACGACUCCCCGGACGGCGUUUCUCCUCCGAGCAGCGCCGGUGUCGGAUUUGGGGGGGGCGGGGGUACAGCCCAUCCAUGACCAUGGGCGACAAGAAGAGCCCGACCAGGCCAAAAAGACAAGCAAAACCUGCCGCAGACGAAGGCUUUUGGGAUUGUAGCGUCUGCACCUUCAGAAACAGCGCCGAAGCCUUUAAAUGCAGUAUCUGCGAUGUGAGGAAAGGCACCUCCACCAGAAAACCUCGGAUCAACUCUCAGCUGGUGGCACAGCAGGUGGCCCAGCAGUACGCCACUCCCCCGCCCCCGAAGAAGGAGAAGAAGGAGAGAGCCGAAAAGCAAGACAAAGAGAAACCUGAGAAAGAUAAAGAAAUUAGUCCUAGUGUUACCAAGAAAAACACCAACAAGAAAACAAAACCAAAGUCUGAUAUUCUGAAAGAUCCUCCUAGCGAAGUGAACAGUAUACAGUCUGCAAAUGCUACAACAAAGACCAGUGAAACGAAUCACACCUCAAGGCCCCGGCUGAAAAACGUGGACAGGAGCACCGCGCAGCAGUUGGCAGUAACUGUGGGCAACGUCACCGUCAUUAUCACAGACUUUAAGGAAAAGACUCGCUCCUCCUCGACAUCCUCAUCCACAGUUACCUCCAGCGCGGGGUCAGAACAGCAGAACCAGAGCAGCUCGGGGUCGGAGAGCACAGACAAGGGCUCCUCCCGCUCCUCCACACCGAAGGGCGACAUGUCAGCAGUAAAUGAUGAAUCUUUCUGAAGUUGCACAUGGAAUUGUGAAAACUAUGAAUCAGGGUAUGAAAUUCACAUCCUCCACCUGCCCAUGCCGCUUGCACCCCCUGGAAAAUCUUCUGUGGACAUCGACCUCUUAGUGAUGCUGCCAGGAUAAUUUCUGCUUGCCAUGGGCAUCUGGCCACCAAGGAAUUUCGCACCCUGACGAUUACUCUUGACACUUUUAUGUAUUCCAUUGUUUUAUAUGAUUUUCCUAACAAUCAUUUAUAAUUGGAUGUGCUCCUGAAUCUACUUUUUAUAAAAAAAAAAAAAAAUCUGCUGUGCACAAUUUUCCAUGUACAUUACAACUGGUUUUUUGUUUUUGUUUUGUUGGGGGAGGGCAGGGUGGGAGGGGGAGGGAACUUUUAUUUAUUGUGUUCACAGACUCCAUCCUUGCAGCAUAUCCUUUUAAGUUUAGUUCUUUCUUCCAGUUAUACUAUGUACUAUCAGUUUUGAUAUAACUAUAUAUAUAUAAAUAUAAAAUUAUAUAUAAAAGGUUAUUUGAAACCAAUCCAUGGCAACGCUGGUGCUUGAUACACUGUGACGUGAACACAGCCUUGAACAGUUACAGACCUGGGACAGUCGUCUAUGACCGCGCUGAAACUGAGCUAGAGUCAGUCUUAGUGAAGUACGCUCCAGCCCACGUGGGGGACUUGACUCUCAUCUGUCUAAAAAGUACCGGGUGAUACGAAAAUAUAUAUUUUUUAAACAAUGUGAUCUCAAAUUUAAAGACUGCUCCAGAUAGCCUGCAUUUGUGGUGGAAUGACUGACAAAUCACAAGUGGUGUAGUCGGGAGGGCUUUGAUCAUUCGGAAGUAACUAAACUAGCUCCAGAAUGCCAAGUAUUCGUGUAAAUUACGGUUACAUGUUCACUUUGCUCUUCUUACAUAAGCACUCAUGAAAAUAUGGUAUUCUGUAACUCGAAUUCCAUCCAUUUUCCAGACCUCUACUCAUGUCUGAGGUAAAUUGAUAAAUUGUCUCUUAGUUUUAGCAUUCAAACUGUCUAACCUGUACUUUUUGGUCCACACAAGAAGCAAAUCCCUGUUUCCACUUUGCACGCGGUGUUUUGUUUAAUCGAACUUUGUUUGCUUUACAGCCCCUUGUUUCCCUUACCAUUCAGUGAGAAUUCUUUUCCUUUCUUAAAGUCUAGUCUUGUUGUUUGACUGAACAGAGGUUAUCAACCAGCACAUCCAGUCCCGACAUGGAGCUUUUCAGUUCCAUGAUGUGUCUCAGCUCCCUGCUGUGGGAAGGAAUGCAAGUGGUGAAGAAAUGGUUGAAGGGCGGGCAGCUAGAGUUGCAGGGAAAGCUCCUACUUCCUGUGAGCCUAUGAGCUUUUACUUCCUCAACACAAAGACAGCUUGAGUAAACUCUUUUUAAAAAUGAUUCUUCUCACUUUUUUUUUUUAAUGCCUUGCAAAAAUAAAAAAUGUGUAAAAGACCACUAAUAUGAAUCCACCCCUCCUCAUUUUAUAAAAAUGUUCUGUUUUGCUUUGUUUGGAUUUAGGAUCUCUCUUCUGUCUGACUCUUACAUUCAUAUUCGCAGAGUUCGUAGACUUGAGAGUCAUUUCAAGCAUGGGAACUUGAUGUCACCUUCCUUUGUUCGACCUGGGAGGGCAGCAGAUUAGUGAUGAAACGCUGCAUUUUGGUGUGAAAAACCUGGUUUUGCAUAAGAAUAGAAGUAACUUCUGUGUAUGGAGGCAACGAAUAAAGAGAAAAAUUAACAGCUUGAUUUGAGUAGCCAACAGGAAAGGCUCCUUUCACAUUUACAUUAAAACUAUUCUGUAGUCACUGAUGUACCAUCAUUUAAAUUCUGUUCUCAAAGGUAUAGAUGAUAAAGCAGUGCCAUUUGUUGCUAUGGUCCUCUUCUCAAAUGCAUGGACAAUGUUUCCCCUCUUUUUAAAAAAUACUGCUUGUAUCUGGGAUGCAAGCUAUACUUACCUUUUUAAAUACAUUUUUAAAGUAUUUAUUAAUGAACCAAAGGAAAUCAGAUGCUUUCUAUAAGCAUCAGAAUAUAUAAUACAUAGUGAUUUGACUAUGAAUUUUAAAUCCACAUUUUAAUAUUAGUGGGGUAUUGCAAAGACAUUCCUUCUAAAGUUUUAAUAUUCCUUUUAUUAAGGGUCUCAGGGAGGGUAAAUUAGUCAGCCAUAUUUAUUUUCCAGAGAUGUAAGGAUUGCUAAGUUUUUUAAUUAACUUUUUAAAAAAACUUAAAUGCCACCAAACUCAUGUGGGUUGCACUGCUUUUGGAACCAGUAAGUGUUGGUAUGCACUUUGUUCAGAAACACUGUGUACUUUUGCAAAAUUAGUUUCAUGUAAAGUGAUUGGACCCCUAGACUAGUGGAAAAAGCUGAUUAACCAGCUACUCAGAGGCUGCUAAUUCAUUGCCAAUGUCUUGGUUUUUCAGUUCUGCCUCCGUGAUAAAUUUAAAAAUAAAAAAUAGGGGUGAAGGAAGGGAGGAUCGCUUUAGAACAGGUGAGAUGAUGACGUUGCCAGUUUGGUAGAAACUGCAGCUCGCGGUGGGAGUGCUCUCAGCAAUCAGAUGUUUUGGGGCCCGGCCUUUGGCUGCUGUUGUGUACUGUGUUACGACAGUGAAGCAAUAGGUACUUUAGACUUUUAAUUUCCAAAAUGGAUGACAUCCCUCAGGCAUGUAUUCUGGAAAUGGAAUUCCUGUAACUUCCUGCUUUUGCAGUUUACCCUACAAUUAGUAGGCAGCGUGUAAAAACACUAGUGUAGAUGAUAAAAGAUAUAUAUUGAAAGAGGACCAGAAAUACUUGGUAUUCAGCGGCACAGUAAGCAGGUUAUAAAAACAAAACAAAAGCACAGUGUUAAUGCUUGCAAGUUUCCAUUUGUUUUAAUACCACACAGUCUUUCACACUCGUGCGUGUGCACGCACACACAGACCUUACCCAACCUGCUCUGCUUGAGUCAUGCAGUUCAAAAGGGAAAAAAAAAAGAAAAAAGGUAAAGACAUCCUGAUACCCUCAAAAUAUUUUCAAUCAAAAUCUUUCAGUUUUAAUCUGGACAUUUAAAACAUUGGCAGAAGCUUCUGUGAGUUUAGUUCCACUAAGAUGUUUCACCUGCCUUAUCAAGACCAUUCUCAGUCUACUUUUUUAAGCUACCAUAUCUUAAAUUAUUGAAAAUUUAUUAAUUGCUGAUAUAUAAUAACCUUUGCUUGUAUGUAACCGAAAAUGGUUUAAGAGCCGACAUUUAGAGUAAGACAAUGGAGCUGAACAGUUUUUAAUGCGCAAGCAGUUCUGUUCUUGUGUAUGACUUGUAACCUUAAUUUACUGUGUAAAGAUGGUUACAUUAUUUCCUUAGCUUUGUUUGUUGGAGACAAAUAGAGAAUGCUUGUUAAGUAUGUCAAAACAUAAUCUUAUCUUGUGAAUUUUUGUUAAUGUAUUAUACGAGCUAUAUUUUUCAUUUGCUCAGAAAGACAGCUUGUAUAACGCUUUUGGAAGUUCUGCUCUGUAAUGUCUUUAGAGCUGACAGUCUGUUAGAUUUGUUUUUUUCUUCAUGCUAAAGUGUCGGUGGUUUUGUGAACUGGUCAGAAAUUCACAGGUCUUAAAUGUUUGGGGGAAAUUUAUAUUGGACACUUCUCUUUGUCUAGCAAAUAAAAGAUGUUAAUAUAUUCCUGUUACUGGCAUGUGCACGACUAUGUUAUUAGAAGCCACUUUAUCGUUUUCCUGCUUUAAAUAGAAAUGUCUAUUUAUGAAUUCUGCUUGUAGUUUUUUCACAAAUAAAAUAGUAAAAUUUACACUGAAA